CGCCUUUGCAACCACACUCGGCGGCCUCAACCUAUCCCUUUAAGCUCUUCAUAUCGCCCUUUGCGUACGCUACCAUACCAGCACUCACUACUACAGGGGAUUGUAGAUAUGGAGGAGCUGCCGUUUGGGUACACGCACAGACAGAAGCGCUCACAUGCCCAAAUGGAAGAACAUGAGCGCUCUGCCUCGCCUGCCUGGACCUUCAACGCUCGUCAGCCGAGCAUACCGUUCCACUCGUCGCUAGCGCUCUACCACGACUACGAACCAGCACGACACUACCACAAUUACGACGAAACACGAACGCCGCCCUCACUCGAAGACUCUGUGCCCCCAUUCUCCUCGUUCUACGAGCCCGUACGUCUAGAGAACGACCCGCCAACUGAUCGCCCGUCAUCAACCAGCGCUCUACAUUCACACACCGCUAGGCUACACCAUUUGCGGGUCGGCAACAUGGCCUCUUCGGCGCCAAGACGGUUUGCAGGCGAUGGGUUUGACUAUCGACGGCCAGUAGGGUCGACACGGGAGCAGGAUGAAGCGUCUGUCGACUUGACCAGGGAGGAUGAAGACACGGCUAUUGAUCUGAGUAGGGACGAGGACGUCAUUGACCUCACGGCUGAUGACUCGGGCUAUGGAGCCAGUCAGGAUGGCAACCACAACGCUGCCUCGUAUGGCACUGAUGGCGAGAGGCUGCUGGAACAGUCGAACCGCAACCGCCGUGCCAACAAUGGGGCUCCUCGCUUGCCGCGGGGUAUGGACAUUAUCAUCGAUCUAGACAACGGUGAGGAGCAGUGGAGCAUGGUAUCGCCACCACCGCCAGAGCCAUCUUCACCAGAGAUCGAAUUUAUUUCAUCACGACGGAUUGCCCCGCUACGUCGCGAGCACCCCACCUUUGGCCGCAGCCACUCAGAUGGCGACGAGGUCGAGUUCGUACGUGAAAACGUGCUCCCACAAGACGAGGCACGACGGCGUAGGAACCAAGAGCUCGACAACGUCAUGGAUCUACUAGGCACCAUGAAUGGCCGCUUCACUCAUCUCCGAGCACACGUCGACCGUUUCAACGCCCAAGUCAACCGCACAGCUGACCGCCUUCGUCGCGGUCCCAUAGCCCCACCUCGUGGUGCACAUCGAGCCCACGCGCAUGUUCACGUAGGCACGUUUAUGGCGCCGACGCUCGACUUUGAAAUGGUUGGCUUUGAUAUAGGCAUGCCAGGCGCCCAUGCACAAGAUCCGCCCGUGCCGCCAACGUAUGAUGCUCCAGAGAAGGCGCCAGAGGGCUUUACGAGAAGUCCAGAGGAGAAGGAUGUGCUUGUUUGUCCCAAUUGUGGGGAUGAGCUGUGUACAGGGGACGAAGAAGUGAAGAGGCAGGUGUGGAUUGUAAAGGGAUGCGGCCAUGUCUACUGUGGCGAGUGCACAACGAAUCGAUCUACCAAGCGUAGUGCAAAGGGCAAAGAGAGGCCAGCAAAGACCAAGCCGUUCAAGGAAUGCCAGGUUGAAGGCUGUGGCAAAGGUGUUACACACCGGAAGACCAUGAUCCAAAUCUUCUUGUAGCCUUCUUACUUCGAUUUCCAGCUGUCAGGGCUACUUGGCACCCUGCUCGGAUUCAUGGUUUAGUGUUUGACUGCUUAGGUUCGGCGGUAUGCUUCAGCGAUACCCCACAUUCUCCGGUUCAUGCAUAUCGGUUUUAUCGGUUUUAUCGACAUUAUGAUGGGUUGGUUCCUUUUGUUGGUGUGUCGGAGUUUUUGCAUUUGCAUAGCACGGUGUUUUUUUGGCCAUGACAUGAUACUACUCAUAGUCGGGCUCUUUCGGUCUUCUUUAUAUCACGCCUUUCUAUACUAAGGUCAGAGACGUAGCCUUGACAGUGACAUGAUAUACGACAUAUAUAUGUUAUGUAGAUGUGUAGUUCGAUGAAUAUGGUAUAUACAUUUAUUACAAACGCCUCUCUUUCAACGUUACGGCU